CUUUUAUAGACUAAUUGAUCACUUACUGAUGGAUUUUCAGGGACAUGAACUUGUACUGCAUGUUUUGUACCAUCUGCACUCCCUGAUGAUAUUCGAUUCAGUUGAAAAUGCUUCAUCUUCUGCUGUUUUAUAUGAAAAAUUUCUCUUGGGAGUGGCCAAAACUUUAUUGGACUCUUUUCCAGCUUCAGACAAGUCUUUUAAUAGACUUCUUGGUGAAGUUCCACUUUUGCCUGAGUCGUCCUUGAAGAUUUUGAAUGAUGUCUGCUAUUCUGAUAUUAUUGGUCAUGAUGGAAAAGUUAUCCGUGACAUUGAACGUGUGACUCAAGGCCUUGGUGCUAUCUGGAGUUUAAUUUUGGGGCGUCCACAAAAUCGCCAAGCCUGCUUGGGAAUAGCAUUGAAGGUAAGCUGUCAUCAUGAGACUCUAAAUGCAAAAUAUAUCAUUUUGAUAGUGUAUGAUAUCUUAGCUAUUUAUUUAUAGUCAUCAUCUGUGGCGUAUUGGAGGCUGGCACUUAGUCUCAUGGAGUUCCACAAUAAUAAUUUGAAAUGAAAAUACUUGAAGGACUAAAUAAUUUGGGAUGAAAGCAAUCUGCUAAAAGUACGAUAAUAUUAUUUAGCGCUUAAAGAAUUUAAAGUGAUAGUAUUCACUAUACUCCUUCCAUGCAACCAUCUAAGACAACUUUUCAGCUAGCUUAAUUAAUUGUGUGCCAUGCGUACACUAUAUAUAUGUUAAAUGCUAG